CUUCCCUCUACCAAACUCAAACCGAACCAUGUUUGACGUCUAUACUGUCCAAAACAAUGCAUUGUCGGACAUUCGGGCAUUUAUUAAGUCUCGCACCAGUUAUGAUGUCUUACCUGCUUCGUUUCGCUUGAUUGUAUUUGACAAUUCUCUCUUUGUAAAGGCUAGUUUGAGCCUGCUGGCCGUUAAUAACAUAGUGAGUGCUCCCUUGUGGGACAGCGAGCGAAACCGUUUCGCCGGGCUGCUGACAAUGGCCGAUUUUAUCAAUGUCAUUCAAUACUACUACCAAAACGCAUCAUAUCCCGAGGCGCUUGAAGAAAUCGACAAAUUCCGGCUGUCGGGCCUGCGUGAAAUCGAACGCAAGAUUGGUGCCAUCCCGCCAGAGACCGUGUAUGUGCAUCCCAUGCACAGUCUCAUGGAGGCAUGCACAACAAUGACGAAGACGCGAGCCCGUCGUGUUCCGUUGAUUGACACGGACACGGAGAGCGGCAGUGAGAUGAUUGUGUCGGUACUCACACAGUAUCGUAUUCUCAAAUUUAUUUCUAUGAACUGCAAAGAAACAAGUCUCCUUCGCGUCCCGCUAAGUGAGCUCGGUAUCGGCACUUGGGACAAUCUCGCUACGGCAACGAUGGAUACGCCUGUGUACGACAUUAUUCAGAUGCUCGGCACGUACAGCAUUAGCGCCGUUCCCAUUAUUGACAUUGAUGGCAAGCUUCUGAAUGUGUUUGAAGCGGUAGAUGUCAUGCUAUUGAUUCAGCGCGGCGAUUACCACAAUCUUGAUCUUAUGGUGGGAGAGGCACUGCUCAAGCGCCCAUCCAAUUUUCCAGGUGUGCACACCUGUCGGGAGUCUGACCACCUUGAUGGCGUUUUUGACGCCAUUAAACAUUCGCGGGUUCACCGUCUCGUUGUUGUUGACGAGCAUAUGCAUCUGAAAGGAAUGCUCUCGCUUGCCGACAUCAUGAACUACAUUAUCGGUGAACAGCCUCCAGCUAACCGGGCCUUAUUCAAGAACGAAGACGCCGAUUCCGAUGAACCCAUGCACAUUGAGCAAGCUGGACCCCAAUAG